UUGGAUCUUUAACAAGAAACGGAUCAUUAAAACUGCCUCUGGGAGAAAUCUCUGAAGAAAUUCAACAAUGAAGAUAAUUCUCAUAUUUUUUCUGCUCCUACUCCAAGCCUUACAGAUUUUAGCUUCAAAUGAUUCUCCAUUUCAACUAACCAACAAGGCCACUGGCUUUUGCUUGGUGAAAACAAAUAACAUCUGCAAUAAAAUACGGUGGACAACCAGUGACCGGCUUCUGGUUCCUCAAAUGAAGAAGUGCCUGGGCGCCCAGGGCAAAAGUGUUGGGAGUGAAAUACAACUGUAUGACUGUGAUGAAGACAGUGACCUCCAAAAGUGGGAAUGUGUGAAUGAAACCGUGCUGGCACUAAAAAACCAAACACUCUACAUUGAGCUGACAGCAGAAAACACAGCAGUUCUUUCCAGAACAGCAGGAGAAAAAAGCAAUCUCACCAUUUUAGGGACGUCCAGUGGUGCUUGCACAAGAACAUAUCGAGAGCUUUAUUCCAUUGAUGGGAAUGCAGCAGGGAUACCUUGCAUGUUUCCCUUCCAGUACCAACACCAAUGGUACUCAGACUGCACCACAGUCGACUCACCGGGACGUCCCUGGUGUGCAGUGGAAACAAAAUAUGAAGAAACCGAACUUUGGGGAUAUUGCCCAGCUACAGCUAAAGGAGAGUGGAUUCAACACCCUACAACAGGAGCAUACUACCAGUUCAACACAUUUGCAGCUCUCACUUGGCAUCAGGCUGAAACCAGCUGCAAACAGGAGGGGGCAUCCUUGCUCAGUAUAACUGAUCCUCAUGAGCAGGCCUAUGUCACAGUACAAAUUGGGGCAGGAGGAAAUAAGCUUUGGACUGGUCUUGUCCUGGCUCCAGACGGUUGGAAAUGGUCUAAUGGGAAGCCUUACCGCUAUAUGAAAUGGGACUCAGGACAUCCACUUCCUGAUUCUGGAUUUAACUGUGCAUAUGUUGAUCCUGCUGUACGGUACUCCUGGCAGAGUUCCCCUUGCAGCAAGAAACUUGGGUACAUCUGCCACAGUGAAGAGAGUGAGGCACUGCCUACAGAAGCUGUUGGGACGGGAUUUUGCCCAAGACCCUGGACUCCUUACAAUGGCCACUGCUUUUACCUCAAUCGUACCCAGAAAACAUGGCCUGAUGCUCAGAGAGACUGUCGUAACAGAGGGGGGGACCUUGUCAGCAUCCACAAUGUGGAGGACCAAAGUUUUGUCAUCUCUCAACUUGGAAUUGCAUCCUCUGAUGAGCUCUGGAUUGGACUGAAUGACAGAAAAACAGAACAGCUAUUUGAAUGGGCUGACCACUCUACAGUCCAUUUCAUCAGGUGGGAGGUUGGGAAACCUGCUGUCUCAACUGAUAUCAAGGACUGUGUAGUUAUUAGAGGGGAGACUGGGAGUUGGGCUGACUGUGCCUGUGAGGAGAAACAUGGCUUCAUUUGCAUGAAGAGGAGUUCCACAGAGGCCACAGAAGAUGAAGUUGUGAAGGAUGAAGGCUGCAAAACUGGAUGGAGGAGACAUGGCUACUACUGCUACUUCAUUGGGCCUCUGACCAAAACCUUUGAUGAAGCUGUGAAUGACUGCAGUCGUUAUGGUUCUUACUUAGCUGAUGUUUCAAACAGGCUGGAUAAUGCAUUCCUUGUCAGUUUGGUGGGGUUGAGACCAGAGAAGCACUUUUGGCUCGGACUUUCAAACCGGAAAAAUUCUGAUCAAUUUGUGUGGACCAACACGGACUCAGUGAAGUUUACGUAUUGGAACGCUAAUAUGCCUGGUCAUCAACACGGCUGUGUUGCCAUGACAACUGGGAUUUUUGCUGGCCUCUGGGAUGUGCUGCCUUGCACCAACAGAGAGAAAUACAUCUGCAAACAUCUGGCAGAGGGAGCAGUUGCGACACCAGCACCAGUCAUUCUUACCACUCCUCCCAAGUGUCCCCCUAAGUGGUCUGAAUUGAAAACUCGGAGCGUCUGUUAUAAGCUCUUUCGAGACAGGGUGGGACAAGGAAGGACUUGGUAUGAGGCAAGAGAUUACUGCACAGCAAUUGGAGGAGACCUGCUCAGCAUACACAGCAAGGCCGAACUACAGUCACUACGAGGCUAUGGAUUUGCCUGGAUUGGACUGAGUGCCCCAGACCCAGCCACUGGUUAUGUAUGGAGUGAUGGGUCCCCACUGCAGUUCCAACACUGGGAAGAAAAUGAGCCAGACAAUAAGAAAAACUUGGAAUCUUGUGUUCAAAUGAAUGUAGAUAGGGCUAGUUGGCGAGGGUCUUGGAGCGAUGUCUACUGUGAGAAAGACCUUUGGUGGCUGUGUCAGAUCCAAACAGGGGUGACUCCAAAACCACCUCCAGACCCUGUUGCUCCUGCAUACAACAGGACCCCAGAGGGAUGGCUUGAAUGGAAUGGAAAUCAGUAUAAUAUUAUAAUGAACCAGUUAGCCAUGGAAGAGGCUCAGGACUACUGCAAAAAAAUGCAUAGUGACUUGCUAACUAUCAACAGUGAAGAAGAAAAUGUCUUUGUGUGGAAACAGGUACAACACUACGGUUCUUCUUUCUGGAUUGGCCUGACUGUUGAUCUUGAUCAAACAUAUGAGUGGAUGGAUGGUUCUCCAUUAGCGUUUUUAAGGUGGGAUGAUGGUCAACCUCAUUUCCAGAACAAUGAUGAAAAUUGUGCUGUCAUGACCUCCUUUUUGGGGUUGUGGCACAAUAGUCCUUGUGGGAUCCAGCGUCUAUUCAUCUGUAAACGUAAUAGUACACCACCAGCCCAUGCCACUGUACCUCCUCCAGUUAUUACAAGAGGUGGCUGUCCACAAAACUGGAAAAAAUUGGACUCAAAGUGUUACCUCAUUAUAAACAAGCAAAGGGAGACUUGGGAUGGAGCGAGGACAAAGUGCAAAGCCAUGGGUGGAAAUCUGGCUUCAAUUCAUUCAGACCAUGAACAAGUGUUUUUGAAGGCUCACAUUGCUGAGGCACCAAACACAGACCUGUGGAUUGGUAUGCAUAAUAAGUAUGGUCAAGAGUUUUACUGGACUGAUGGUCGACCAAGUCGAUAUUACAGUUGGAAUACACAGCGACCAUCGUUUUUCCCUCGUGAACAGCGACAACACUGUGUUGUGAUGACUAGUGAGCCCACAGAAGAAUUAGGAAAAUGGACAAGAAAGUCCUGCAAUGACACCAAUGGAUAUGUUUGCCUUCGGAGUGUUGACCCUGCUCUGCCAGACUCCCCUGAACCAACAACCUCACAGUAUGUCCAAAUCUUCAACGACUCUGUCAAGGUGAACACUAAUAAAAUGACCUGGUAUGCAGCUCAAAAGCACUGCAAAGAUGAUGGGGCCUCACUGGCUAGCCUGCGAAACAUCUGGUCAAAGACAUACAUUGACCUGAUCACUCUGAAUCUCAAGGCUCCUGUGUGGAUUGGACUGAACACAUUAGAGACUGGUGGAUAUUUCAGGUAUACUGAAGGCUGGUAUCUCACUGUAACCUAUUGGAGAGGGGGGGAACCACUAAGUGGAAAACCUUGUGUUUAUGUUGACGUGGGUGGAAUGUGGAGGACUUCAGAAUGUGAUCAGAACAUGGCCAGUGUUUGUAUGAAGAGCACAGAUGUGCCACCAACAGAGUCCACUGAAUUUCCGGGAAAAUGUCCUGAUAUUCCAGAACAACAAAGAUCAGGAGGAAGACACCUGUCCUUCUGGAUACCAUUUAAGGGUAACUGUUACCUCAUUUGGCCACUCACAGAAAGUUGGCCAGAUGCAUCUGCUCAUUGUGCAGCAAAUGGGGGAUCUCUUGCCAGCAUUGAAGAUCCCUUAGAGCAAAAGUUCAUUGAAAACCACUUGAAAGUGUAUAAAGACAGUCAGAGUGCUUUCUGGAUCGGCUUGUACAGAACUCACAGAGGCCAGUGGCUGUGGUUAGACGGAAGAGCUUUGGACUACACUAACUGGGAUCAUGGUGAACCGUAUGUCAGACGAUAUGCAGCACUAAGAAUCUCAGAUGGAAAAUGGAUCUCAGGAAUGGGCCAACGCAGAGGGUUUAUAUGCAAAACCCCUAAAGUACUCAAAGAGGCACCAACAACACCUGCAAGUCCCAUGGUGACCCUUCCAACCCACAGCAACAGCAUUUUACCAGUUGUCUCCAUCAUUUGUGUGACUGCCGUAGUGAGUGUCAUACUCGUCAUCUUUUUUCUCUUGAAGAAAUCUGGCCGCCGCUUUCAUGUCCCUAAAACACCAUCUACCUUUUCCAACCCAAUGCUCUUCAGCAGAACACAGUCAACCUCAUCUGAUUGACACAGAUUAGGUGGAGAGGCAAGUUGAAGAAGAGAACCCUGAGCCUGGUGUAACAUUGUGAUUUAAUGCAAGCAAAAACCUCAUGGUUGUUGGCAGGGGGCUGAUGGUACUGAUUGGUAUGAGAUUGAAAGUUUUCUUUUUCUUCACCCUUAACAGUAUAUACAUAUAUCCCUAAAGUUGACAUAGAAGUUGUUUCAAGUAGAAACAGAAAUGUGUCAAUGAGUACAUUUUCAUGUAUACUAAUAAUCUAAUCCAUCCAUGGACUGUAGUUUUAUAACCAUUCUUUGUCUGAUUAAAUUUCAGUAAUAACUAAUGCUGAUUUGCUGAAUAAACUCUAUAAUAACAUCAAAGUUAAGGGGUCUGUGAUUGUUGUGUGUGUAUUGUAAUAACUGCUGGCUGCUAGGGUCAGAGUAUAAUCUCAGAUCUUUUAUAGUACAAACAUUGAUUAAAUGCUAUUUUUUUUAAAGUUUUUAUUUGGUUGCUUUAAUGUUUUUCACUGUGAAGGAUUAAUUCAGAUUCCUAAUUUUGUUUCAUUAUAUUAAUAAAUAUGCUUUUAUUGUAAAUAUUUUGACAAUAGCUAAACAUUUAUUUUACAAAAUCCCAACAGUGUUGUACCAGUCACAGAGAUCACUUCAACAAGCAACAAUAUUACGACUACCAAUAAAAACCAAACCUCCCUGUCAUAAGA